GUGUGUGUAUAGGUGUGUGUGAUCAGAAAUUCUUCCCCUUUGAAUUUUUUCACACUGAUGGGAAGUUCCUGAGCCACAUGUUCAGGUAUAAAUAAAGGAAACAGAAGUUGUUAUGAGUCUGGAAUAAAGAGGAGUUUUUAUCUUCUCAUUUCUGGAUGGAGGGAUGAUGAAAUCUUCCACAUUACCACUUUAAGGUUAGUUAGUGGAAGAUGAGUGUACAGAGCACACACUGGGAGAUCAGGACAGACCACACCCCUCUACAGGCCACACCCCUCUGCAGAUCACACCCCUCUAUAGGCCACAACCUUCUACAGACCACACCCCUCUUCUUUUUUUGUUUUUCUCUCCAUUCCUCUGUCUGUGUCGUUCGGCGAGGAUGGGUGCGGCCUUUAGGAGGUUCUGUGCUCGAUUCUGCUGUUGCUGCUGCGUCACUGACGAGGAUGAAGAUGAAAAGAGGCCGAUUUUCAGUAAUGAGACAUUGGAGUAUUUUGAUCGUGAGGCAAAAAAGAGACGAGAUCAGGAGACGAAUCUUUGGAGUGAACCCGGAGAUCCGUCUCACUCAGAGAGAGAUGAUGACCGAGCGCUUUAUAACCUCCUGCAGAACCGAGCUAAAACACGCAGGGGCUCACAGGGGUACAGGAGGAUGAGUGUGGACAUCGAAGUCAUGAGAGAAGUGAGAAGGGAAGUGAGAGAUAAGUGGAAGAUGAUCCUGGAGAAUCUGGGCUUUAUGCAGGAGGCGGAGUCUCUGCUGACGGUCAAUGCGAACGCAUCAUAUGACCGUAUGAAGAAUGCAGCAACAGCUCGGAGUCUGUUACAGACACUCUACUCAGAGACGUCCGUUUUUAACAGCAAUGAGCCUCCACCUGAGAGAUACCUGUUCAUCUUGGACCGGUUGAUUUAUCUGGAUGCUGCAGAUGACUUUGUGGCUAAAGCUCGUCGUUUUUAUCCUCCCAGGGAUGAAGAUGAAGAGGAGGACAAAGCAAUAAAUCUGCCCCUGCUGCUGUCACGUGUUAAUCAGCGUCUGAAUGCAGGAGAUGCUGAUGGUGAUGGUGAUGAUGAAGGAGAUAUGAGUGGACAAGAUGAUUAGCUGUAAUGACUGAGAGGUGCUUGUGCACACAGAGCUUCAUUUCAGACUCUGGAUCUUUUCUAUAGUGUGAACAGGAUUAAAUAUUUCAGAGUGAGCAUUUAGAUUAGAGUGUUACAGAUUAGAUUACACUGUUAGGGUGAAGAAAGUUGUAUGUUUGGAUUAAAGUGUUUUAGUAUUUAUAACUGUGUUUAAAGAUUUAGUGCAGUGAGUGUUAAGGUUUAGGGUCCAGAAAAGGUUAAUGUUAAUGUUCACACUCCUUUAGGU